CGUGAACGCGCGGAGAAAGGGGAGGGGUGACAGACAUGGCCGACGAGACAGGGGAAGUAAACACAGUUCUGGAGGACGGUGAAGCAAAACCCCAGCUGGAUGAGCCCGAGGUUUCCCGGCUUGCGCUUGACGGCGAGUCCGACGGACACGGUCUCGCGGACAAGUCGGUCCCGGUGCCGCCAGAGAACAGCUGGUCGGCUCCGAUCCUGUCUCUGGCGCGGAAGGCCACGGAGACGAUUAGCAGCGGAGUGAGCUACGUUGCUGCCCCGAGGCGUGCCUCGCAGGGGUCCGCUGCGAGCUCCCCGACAGAAAGUAUUCCAGAGAAUGAUUUCAUGAGGACUGCGAAAAAGCUUCCGGUCGUGCCCCCCAAGGAGCCCAUGGCAAUAGAAAGAGCCAAUCUGCUCAGCAUGAUGAAGCUGAGCAUCAAAGUGUUAAUCCAAUCGUCCCUGAGUCUGGGCAGGACGCUGGACUCCGAUUACCCUCCUCUGCAACAGUUCUUUGUGGUCCUGGAGCAUUGCCUCAAACACGGACUGAAAGCAAGGAAAACCUUUAUUGGCCAGAACAAGUCCAUAUGGGGACCACUGGAACUUGUUGAGAAGUUGUGUCCAGAGUCUGUCAGCAUUGCCACGAGUGCCAGAGACCUGCCUGGUAUAAGGACUGGUUUGGGGAGAGCAAGGGCCUGGUUGCAUUUGGCACUAAUGCAAAAGACAGUAGCCGAUUAUAUGAAGGCUCUGCUUGACCGCAAGGACCUCCUUAGUGAGUUCUAUGACUAUGGAGCGUUCAUGAUGGAGGAGGAGGGUGUGGUGAUGGGGGGGCUGCUGGUGGGCCUCAAUGUAAUUGACGCUAACCUCUGUAUUAAGGGGGAGGAUCUUGACUCUCAGGUGGGAGUCAUUGACUUCUCCCUUUAUUUGAAAGACGCUGCCAACAGUCAGACUCCAAAAGACGAUACCAAGAUGACAGCAAUAUUGGACCAGAAGCAUUACAUUGAGGAGUUAAAUCGUCACCUAAGUGGCACAGUUACGGACCUUCAGGUCAAGAUGGACUCCCUGGAAAAGACCAACAGCAAACUUGUAGAAGAGCUGAUGGCAGCGACUGACAGAAUUAACUCCCUGCGGGAAGAACAGGAGCAGCUAAGGAAGGAGAAUGAGUCAAUCUUGCAAUGCAGCCAGAAAAAGGAAGAGGCAGCUCUUCAGGACAGCCAGGCGGAGCUGGAAACAUACAAACAGACCCGACAGGGCCUGGAUGAGAUGUACAAUGUAGUGUGGAAUCAAUACAAGGAGGAAAAGCGCAUUCGCCAGGAGCUGGAGCACGAGUUGGAGCUGCAGGUUAGUCUAAAGCAGGAGAUGGAGGUUGCCAUGAAGCUGCUGGAGAAGGACACACACGAGAAACAGGACACGCUGGCAGCCCUGCGUCUCCAGCUCGACCAAGUCAAGACUCUUAACGUUCAAAUGUUCCAUAAAGCUCAGGACUCUGGGCGAGAAGCAGAAAAGAAGCAGGCGGAGGCCGUGAAGCUUGAGCAGAAGAUGAAUGAAAUGGAAAAGGCCAUGAUGGAGCUAGAGAAGAGAUUGCAGAACUCUGAGCGAGAACACAAGCAAAGCGACGAGACGGACAAAGUCAUGAGGGUGGAGCUGGAAGGAAAAGUGGAUGCUUUGCAGAAGCAGCUGACUGACCUGGAUGCACUGAGGCUGGGUUUGGAGAACGAGCUUCGCAUCGAGAGGGAUCAGAGACAGAGCUUACAAAAAGCUCUCCAGAGGGAACAGGACAACGGCCUUGAGCUCCGCACGCAGCUGCAACAACUCCAAGGCCUGCAUGUGGAGCUGCAGGAUUUGAAGCAGGAGAAGCAGCAGCUGCAGGAGACGUGUGAGCAACAGGAACAGGCUCUACAGGAGAUGGGACUGCACCUCAGCCAGUCUAAACUUAAGAUGGAGGACUUCAGAGAGGUCAACAAAGCCCUGAAGGGUCACGCCUGGCUGAAAGACGACGAGGCCACCCAAUGUAAACAGUGUCACAAAGAGUUCUCCAUUGCACGUAGAAAGCACCACUGCAGAAACUGCGGAGACAUCUACUGCAAUACCUGCUCCAACAACGAGCUGGCCUUGCCUUCCUACCCUCGGCCGGUGCGGGUGUGCGACACGUGCCACUCGCUGCUGCUACAGAGAAGCUCGUCCACAGAUUCCUGACGAAGCCCCUCCAAGCAUCUAACUGCUCUCUACCAGUGCACAGGCUCAGUCGCUAUGAUUUAACUACACGUUGGGGAAAUCACUCACCAGAUCUUAGGGAAACGUGAUUUGGUGUUUGAUUCCUGCUGUUACCUGAAAUUCAGGAGCAUUCAUUCAUAUGAAAUAAGUAGCCACCUUAAGAAAACAGCUCAUGUAAACUUAACUCAGAUUGAUAUAGUUUGGAAUAUUUAUGCUGUUGGUGUUUAUUCAAUACUCACUUUGAUGGUCUAACUGUUCUAAUGUAUAAUCUUUCAACUUUAAAUCAUGGAUGUAGACUGUUUUGAGGUCCCAUCAAGGUCAAUGUUGAGAAUCAUUUGAGUAGCUGGUUGCGAGAAAACAUUCUGCACUUUGGUACUGUUGGUGGUAACUUGUCAUAUAGCUAUACUGCAACACUUCCUAUAGCUCAAGCUCCACUGCUGAAUACAUCAUGUAAAUGACUGCAGAAUGUUGAACUAUUUUGAAAUGUGUUAACCAGGUUUUGUAGAUUAACUGCUAUGAUGUUUUCUUAAUUGGAGAAGGACAAAGGUUUUUUAUCUAGACAUUUGAUAAAUAAAGCCAACUGUUUUGCAAUGAUGUUAAAUUAGAUAUUCCAGACUAGUUUUAUUAAUUUUGUGCACAGGAAAUACAAAGAGCAUUUGAAGCAGUAGAAACCUUCAUGUCAGAUGUGAAAUUUGCUUUGAUAAAUCUUUCAAUCAGAAAAAACUGCCUUAACAGUCACGCCUUAAGAAAACAAACAUGCUGUCUCAAAGUCAGAUUUUUACAUUUUAAUGAGAAAUAAAAAGCUAAACACUACAAAGAUGAAACAAAGUCUAAUCCUCACAUACCUGACAGUUUCAGACUUUUUGUUCAUGCACUCAGACACUGUAACCCAUGUUAAACCCACAAGCACAGGAUGAGUUAAUCUUGAACAGCCGUGUGUUUGGAGAACGAAAACACAAAACUUGGUACAGUUUGAGGAAUGGGGAAGACGAGCAGCGUAUCUCACACACUUAUGACACCAGAUGAUCUCACUUCUCUGAAGAUCAUCCACUUAAAAAAAACUUACAAACCCUGCCUUUCAGCAUUUUCAAAGCCUCAUGUGAACCUGCCCUAUGCUUAGUGAUGAGUAUCAGCGUUUCCAGUCCUUCCAGCAAAAUGCUGAGUGUAAAAAAAAAAACAGAACCAAAAA